UUUAUUAACGAUAUUUUCUAUUUCAUACAGAAAGGAACACUUUAUAAUUACGCAGAUGACAACACACUAUCUUUUAGUUCACCUGAUUUUAAUGAAGUUAAAAACGUUUUAGAACAAGAAAGUCAAAUUCUCAUUGAAUGGUUUAAUUUUAAUUGUAUGCAAGCUAAUCCAGAUAAAUUUCAGGCUAUAGCUGUUGGAAAAAGAACUUUUGAAAAAAAACCAACUUUUAAUAUUGGUCCAGCUGAUAUUACCUGCGAUGAAGUUGUUAAGCUGCUCGGUGUAGACAUAGAUUAUCAGUUAAAUUUUAAUGUUCAUAUAAGUAAUAUUUGUAAAAAGGCAGCAAGACAACUUAAUGUUUUGAAAAGAAUUGGGUCUAAUUUAAGUAAAUUAAAUAAGCUUACUAUAUUCCAUACAUUUAUAAUUUCAAAUUUUAACUUCUGUCCAAUGUCAUGGCAUUUCUGUUCUGAAGAUAAUACUAAAAAAAUGGAAAAAAAUCAGGAAAGAGCUCUAAGAUUUGUCUACAAUGACUAUGAAUCAUCGUACAAUAACCUACUAGCUAAAGUUAACUUACCAAGCUUACAUAUAAGAAGAAUGAAAACCAUGGCAAUAGAAACUUUCAGAAUACUAAAUAACUUAGCACCUCCUGUCUUAUCAGAAUUAGUACAUAAAAGAAAAUCUAAAUAUAAUUUCAGAUACACAAAUAUUUUGGAAAUCCCUAGAGUGAAAACAACUAAAUUUGGGGAUGCAGUAGUUCCUGUUGCUGAUUGCAAAGUGGAGCAAUACUCUUCCCAUCCCAAGCGUGAGAUGACCUUGAAUGAGUACCUUGACUAUUGGCAGGAGUACCAGGCUAAAGACUACCCUCCUGACUUGCCCUGUCUCUACCUGAAAGAUUGGCAUUUUACAAAGGCAUUUCCAGACUACACAGCCUAUGAAACUCCAGUGUAUUUCCAGUCUGAUUGGCUGAAUGAAUUCUGGGAUACACUACCCCAAGAUGACUAUAGAUUUGUCUACAUGGGUCCUAAAGGCACAUGGACCCCGUUCCACACAGAUGUGUAUAGAUCCCAUAGCUGGUCAGCAAACAUUUGUGGCCGUAAAAAAUGGAUCUUCUAUCCGCCUGGCUGUGAACAGAGUCUCAAGGACAGGCGUGGAAAUCUAGUGUAUGACAUCACCAGCCGUGACCUUGACAAUGUGACCUUGUACCCACAUGCUCGUGAGGUCAAAGGUCAACAGCUGCAGGUCAUUCAAGAUCAAGGUCAAAUCAUAUUUGUACCAAGUGGUUGGCAUCACCAGGUGUUUAAUUUGGAGGACACGAUCUCUAUCAACCACAACUGGCUGAAUGGCUCUAACGUUGACCUAUGUUGGCGCCACCUACAGGCCAGCCUAGGUGAUGUUCAACGGGAGAUAGCAGACUGUCGAGAUAUGGACAACUGGGAACAACAUUGCCAGGUGAUUCUGAAUGCCAGUGCUGGGAUAGACUACAAGACCUUUAUCAGACUUUUGAAGACAGUAGCAGCCAACAGACUGCACAAGUUACAGUCCAUUGGGAAAUCAACACAUUAUUCUCCCAUUGAAAAUUACGUUCAUGAGGUAUUUCACCAACAAAACUGUACACGAUUCAGUGAUGGCUGUAUAUCAUGCAGUGAAAAUAAACUUGAAAAAUUCACUCCAGAUAUAAAAAGCCAAAAGCCAAGUGCUUAUGGUGAUACCCUAUUCCAGGUAGAUUUACAGAACUUUGCCGCCAACUAUGCAGUGCAAUCUCGAGAUAGAAAAAUGUGCUCUUGUGAAAAUCUAGAUGUUAAAGACCAUAGAUGUGCAUAUGGUGAUAUCCUAGUACAACUGAAUUUGUCAAACUGUUCCUCAUUCAGCGAAAAUAAAUCAACUGACAAACAACAGUGCUCUUGUGAAAAUACUGAUCCAGUGCCAGAAUACCAAAGAUGUGCUAAAAGUGAUCCCCAAAAUCUACAGAACUGUAAGACAUAUAGUGGAAAGACAUGCAAACAUUAUUCUUGUGAAAAGUUCCAGCCAAGUGCAAAGUGCCAAGCAUGUGACAAAACAACAGGUAUUGAAGAUUUUGAAGAAAUACAAGUAAGUGGUAGUAGAAAUUGCUUAGUUGAAAAAAGCUGUACUCCACUGAAUGGAUAUGAUUUGACUGUAGUUGUGUGUGAAUCUGAGAGCAUUAGAAAGAUUCCUAGUAUGCCUAAGGUUCUUGACAAAUGUCAUAGUUUUGUAGAAUGUGUUAGCUGCAAAGCUGUAUUACAUACUACUGUUUUUGAUGGUGAAUGGUUUAUAACGUUUGAUCUGCAUAGAAUUAAUGAAAUUUGUGUUGAUAUAGCAAAUGAUAGUGAUUAUAAGAAAUUGCCUUUUAACUGUAAAGACAGUGUUGAAAACGUGUUAAAAAUGUUAGAUGGAUUUUGUUAAAAACAACAACAUCUUCAGUUUCUACUUUUUAAUUAUUUUUGUUAUUUCUUUUGGCUCAACUGUUUUCACAAUGCAGAGCAUAUAUUGUAUUUGUCCUUAUGCUCACCUUUUGAGCUACUGUUUGUUAAUGACCAUUUUUUGUAGUAAGAUUAUGUACUACAUGGUAACUUAUGUGCCAUUGUUGUCAUGUUUUGCUCAUUGCAAGGAACCAGAUGUUGCCCAUGACAUGGGUAUACAUAUCCAAUUUGACAAUAGCAGUCAUCUACAUUACUCUUUUGGAUGACUAAGCACAAUUUUAUAGAAUUCUGCUUGCCAUAACAUUUUUUAACAACUCCUGCACAGAAUUUAAAUUUGAGCAAGCCCGGAAAGCUUUUUUCUAAUACGGGGCUUGCUGGGUUGUGCUAAUUUUGACCAUUGUAAUAGACCAAUUUCCAGGUAGGCCUUUAUCCCUGUCAUGUAUUUCUCCCGUGAUGAAAUUAACCGUGAACAUAAGACAAGCAUUCCAAUAUAUAUGCUUUUCUCAGCUCUUUUUUGAUAAAAACAAAUUGAUUCAUAGUUGUCUGCACAAGGAGACCAUCCACUUAAAGGGAUUAUAGCAGGUAUGUUAUUGCAUUUAUGUACAUACAUAUACAAUAAAUACAUAUACUAUUGUUUUUAUAGGGGGUUAAGCUCAGCGCUCUUGUGAUAGAAUAAACAUGCAGGUAGCUAGCUUUUAGUUGUAGCUUACAUGUAGUUAAAGUUUCCCAUUGAAGUAGUCUUCCCAAUAUUUUUUUACAUGUUUCAUUGAUAAUUCUAAGGUAUAACAUGUAAACGGUGGCCUAAAUUACUUUUUGUUCUUAUUUCACUAGCCUAUGUAUGAUAUAGGCACUUAUCCUACCGUUUCUAUUGUAUGUUAACCCUUACAAAAGACACAUGAUAGGAUAUGUUUUGCUGGCACAUUGUCAUUAUUACUUACCGUUGUUGAUAUAGUUGUAACUGACAUUGUCAUUAUUAGUUACCGUUGUUGAUAUAGCAGUAACUCUCUCACAUAGCUCUAUCACCUCUUUAUUGAGGCCCUCAUUAGUGAGAUCUUGCCCAUACAUACUAUUAACGAGGGUAGCCCAUCAAUGAGGGUAAGCGACUAUGUUGACAACCGAAACAGCGUUGUUUAAACACGGAGUACAUUUUCUCACCUAUUUCUUUUGCGUAAUAACAGUCCAAAUAAGACUGCAGUAAUGAGUUUUUUUAACUUAAAAGUGUGGAACAUUUAUGACUUCUCAUGUCUACAUCUAGAGAUGAAAUUGUCUCGUCCUACGCCAGUCAGUUUCAUAUAAUGCAUUAAAAUCGUAAAAAUGUUUCUCGUGCCCAAUAAGAUAACGUCGCUCACAUUCCAUUUGUUGAUUUUAACGCCGCAAGCAAAACAUUCCACCAUGUCUCCUUCUCUGAUGUAAAAGAAUCCCGUUCCUGCCUAUUCAUUUUUAUCCUGUUUCAUUUGUUUUGGCCAUUAUUCAAAUAUACUUUAACGAUCCUCAUACUUGCAAUGCUGGUGGCAGUGUAGUCUACGUCCGAAAAGUCAUGUUUCACUGGCAUUCAUGGUGGACAACACUGAUAAUCAACACGUUUACCAUUGUUGAAAGUCUUAGUAUGAAGCUGGAUUGCACUUGAAGCAUUUACAGUCAGAUAUUUGAUUACGAGCCUCUUUUGGAACAAAGAAGUCGCCGAUAACUUCAAUGUUGAUUUUUGUUUUGUUGGGAAUGCUGCGUAGGCUCUAACUUCUCCUUGUUCUCGCCGUUUCAUCUAAUAAUGUUUCACCAAAAUCCCAAUAUUAAUUAAUGCCGGGAAGACCUAGGACAUUUUGCGAGAAUACUUUCUUCCAGCACAUUUUCAGUCGUAUUCUAAAAUUUUAUUGAGUGGUUGAUUUUAAUAUGGUCCUGCUCGGGACAUCGUUUAUCUUAGAGGUUUGGUUUUUUGGAAUAGCAUCAGAUAACACUGAACUCUCGAUACGCUUUCUCGAUGGAGAACUUUAUUUUUUUUCGGUGAAUCAGGGUUUUGAAAAUGUCUUUUGGUAAAUAGCGAUGUCUACUUCUUAUAUGAUGAGAAACGUAAAAUUUGGUCAUCUACGCAUAACACAGGGUAAUGAGCUACUGAUCAUGCAACUCGUGAA